UUGAUGCUUUAUCGGAAGUGUUUUCAAACAGUAUAUUUCGAUGAAAGACUUAAAGAACGAAGGCUAACUGGUUGGUAUGUACGGCUGGUUUACUUCUCCACUUCCAAGAGCAGCGCACAUCUGCUUCCCUGCACUUUUCUAUGGGAUCUUCCGGUACCGUCUCCCAUGCAGUGGAUGAGACAGUCCCAGACAGGGCUAAAUGAGCUGCAAACGUGUAUUCAGUAUGCCUGUAAAAACCAGAAUGCGACGCAGCCACAUCAAGUGGACACGAGGGGUUACAGUCGGAGCACUUCCAAGGCUUGGAUGGGCAUGAGACUCUCUUGGUAGAAAUAACAGUACAGAAGAUGAGUUACUGGAUUGAAAAUACCUGGUUCUUCAGAGGUACAAACCUGUGCAUUAAAACCAGAGAAGGCAACGACAAGUCCCUAAGACCAUUUCAUUUUAUGCCUUUAUUAGAUUAGUGCCAGUAGAGAGAUGACAGGAAAUGAGGGACAGAGAGUUGCACAGAGAGUUAAGGAACAAAGAUCCUUAACCGGACUCGAACAGAGGACGUUGUGGUUCAUGUCUUAACCCUAAGGUCACAGCCCCAAUCACCCAGCUUAAUUCUGCGCAACAACAGAAGCAAGCAGUAAAGUGCAUUUGGUUUGACAGAAAAAAAUGAAUCAGCCCUGUGGUAGACAUCAGCGGUUCCUGGUGUUUCCUGCAUUUGGUGUUUCAACAAAGGGUUGGUCAUUCAGUUUGCCCAGCCCUCUUCCAGUGAGAGGAAGUGGUCUUUUUAGGUAACAUAUUAUUUCUAGACUGUAGAGAGUGGACAGGGAUGCACAUUUGCUGUACACACCUCUCACAGACUUUGGAUUCUCACUGGUCCUGCACUCAUGAUGCUUGCUGGCUUCCUCUUUCUGCUCCUGCUCACAGAUGGGGAAUCCUCUGAGCGUAACUGCAGUUAUCAGGAUGUUUUAAACCACUUGAACUUGACCCAAAACAAAGAGCUGCAGUUCCUGACCAGGCCUGUUAAAAACUACAAAGAGCCCACAUUGGUACACCUGGUUAUGCUACUCUAUGCCAUUCUAGAUGUGAAAGAGAAGGAUCAGAAAUUUGUUCCUUACGUUUGGAUUGAUAUGUGGUGGCAGGAUGACUACAUUGCUUGGGAUCCUGAUGAAUUCUGUGGUAUUAACACAUUUUCUCUUCCUACUGAAGCAAUGUGGAAGCCAGAUAUAACUAUUGAAGAGAUGACAGAGAAGGACAAGGCCCCUCAGAGUCCUUAUCUCACUGUUCACAGUGACGGAUAUGUCAACAUUAUGAACGACAAGGUGCUGGUCAGCACCUGCAGGAUGCAAGUUGACAAAUUCCCCUUCGACAUUCUGAGCUGCAACCUCUCCUUCAAGUCUGUCAUACACUCUGUCAAAGAAAUACAGCUUGUUGAAUAUUUCAACUCUUCAAAGACCACAGAGUGGUCUCGCGAGUUGAUGCGGACCCAGUACGAGUGGCUGUUCAUCAGCAUGACAGUCACCAACAAAACUGACGACAAUUUUGGCUUCAAACAAAGCGUGAUGGUUUACACUAUCACCAUGAAGAGGCGGUCUGCCCUUUAUAUUGUCAACUUCCUGCUGCCCGUCCUGUUCUUCUUGUGUCUGGACUUGGCCUCCUUCCUGAUCUCAGACAGGGGGGGCGAGAAGCUCAGCUUCAAGGUCACUGUGCUGCUCGCUGUCACUGUGAUGCAGCUUAUUCUGAAUGAGAUUCUGCCUUCCUCUUCAGACAAGAUUCCACUUAUAGCGAUCUACUGUAUUGGGGUUUUUGGUUUGAUGAUGCUCAGCCUCCUGGAGACGAUUUUGGUGAUGUACCUGAUGGAGAAAGACUCGGCAUCCCAAGACAACGAGGCAGAUAAAGACCAAAGCCUGAGUGAGGACUGUAACAAACAGGGCAAAGUCAGCUCCCAAAACUGUUUUAGAGAGGUGAAGAAAUGGACUCACUGUGUGUCUGUCUCUGAUGUGUCUACUGGUGCAACGCCAUCUGAACUGCUGCCAGUGGACAAAGAGGGUAGCAGCAAACAACUGAUGGAGGAGUCCCAUGACUCUGAAAAGCUCUCAGAUGACCUGAUGGAGGUGGUGAAAACACUGACUGUGCUCCUCAACAGCAGGAAGGAAGAAGAGAAGUCCGGCUACUGGACCAGAGUGACAAAAACAAUCAACAAAGUUUUCUUCAUUUUCUAUAUCAUAGCUGCCAGUCUGUUUUUACUUUGUAUGUUUUUCAGUUGGAAGAAUGAAGAAGAAUAAUGGUACUAAAUAAUGAAACAUGCUGUACGAUUGAGUUACUGUAUAGUUCCCACUAGUUGUAAACAUCAGAAGUUGUAAACACAAAGUUACACCACCCUGCAGGUAAUGUGUUCAUUUUUGGUGACCAAUCCUGCAUCGUCAGCACUAUGAACCAACAGGGGAAAAUCAAAACAAAAUUCAUUCUGGUGACUGUCAACAAGUCAUGCUGCAGUUCAGUUUGUGCAGAGGCGAAGCUGUGGUGACUUCCAGACCCCAAUUCUGGUGUCCUAACUUGAGUCACGCACUUUACACUUACUCCCAGCUGGCCUAGAUUACCUAAUCCUGACAAUCAGUUUCUUUUUCACAUCUUGUUCUGCUGCUCUAGCAAAGCUGAUGAGGAAAGAUGGACUUCAGGUAGUAUUUAAUCCUUCAGUGGUAUUGCAACCACACACAUCUGCCAUUUGCAUGUUUGAGUCACUGGUUCACAUCAAACAAACAUGUUGUAUUGUAAUAGUCUAGUACACUAAUAUGCCAUCAAGUGGUAUGUCAAAUAUAAAAAAAAUGAUGCAUCCAGAUGUUAGCAACAUUGCAUAAUGUCCUACAUAAAUAUAUAUUUACUAUGUAAUAUGGGCAAUCCUUAUAGUCCACCCAAAAACAUAUUCAAAAUAUAAAAAACAAUGAAGCAUGUUAUUAAGUGCAAGAAAAUUCAUAUCAUACAUGUUCUCACAGCUUUGUUUUGUUCCUGCAGGAAUCUUAUCUAAGCUCUUUAAGAUUUACAUUCAUUCUCCCAUGGGUAAAUGCAAUGCAAUGUAAUUAAUGGCUUUUGUUAAGCCUUUUGUUUUCCCUUUCGUUAUACAAAACAUGAUGUGUAGGCCACGUUGCCACUUUUUGAAUAAGCAUUUACUUUUCAUUCAGCAAAUUUCAAAAGAAAGAAAUUACAACAUGAAUUUCAAAAUGUGUCAAAUUACCAAAUAGCUAAUUACACAAGUUAUUGUGGAAUUAUUAUCUUUUCCAAAUUAUGCCAUUUUCAUGUGUCCUACAAAUAUUUGCAGCUAUUUAAAGCAGCACUACAGUCAUUUGGAAUUGCUCUUUGUAGUAAUUUGAGUAAUUUUCUCCAGAGCCACAGAAUCCAGCACAAUGUCCAUCACUUGUUCAGGCAAAGUUCAUAUAGACUAUAUAAAUAUUGUGUUAGUAAAAUAUAUUUCUUUUAGAAUUUUGUACCAGAUAUAUUGAUAAAAAAUGUGUUGGAGAGAUUCAUACAGGAUAUUGAAUAUAAUACUUGUGAUUUCACACAAUGCAAGGCUCAGCGUCUCUCCAGAUUCUACCUAUUUGUUUCAAGUCUGUUCACUCAGAACAGUCUUGCAUACGUAUCAUACAGCCCCAUACAAAUACAUAUUUAUACUGCUGUCCAUACUGUACACAUCUGAUCUAUAGUGUAUACAUCAUAUUCAUAUCAUACCUCCUGCUGUUUAUUCUGUAUAUAAUGUCUACUGUUAGCAUUACUUGUACUUACACCUGCACAUAACUACUGUAACUGCUGCACAUCCACAUAUUGUAUAUAUCUUAUUCAUAUCUACCCCUCAAUGGUAUAUAUAUUAUAUAUACUAUUAUAUAUAUAUUUUUUUUUUUGCAGUUUACUUUUUUAAUUUACUAAUUUAACUUUUGGUUAGAUGCUAAACUGCAUUUCAUUGAUUCAGUACUUGUACGCUGUGCAAUUACAUGUACUCAUCUGUUCAGACUGCACCUUGGCCCAUAAAAAUGAAUAAAAGAAACAAACAAA